GGAAACGGCCCGGAGUGAUACAUUGUAUCAGAGUGAGUUGCGCUCUGCUCCCGUGCACAGCAGCCGGCGCCGCUGUGUUCCUGUGGCAAGCCGGAGAUCACCUACAGCAGCAGCAGCAGCACCGGGCGCUGCUCCUCAUCAGAACGGGCAGACUUUCUCCAGACCCCAUGCUGCAGCACACUCAUGGCAAGGGAUCCUGGCACCAGCAUGGCACAGUCCUCUAAACUUUGCAGCCUGCUGGGGGCGCUGCUCUGUGCCAGCCUGGCGGCGGAGGCACAGUACAACGGGGAGAAGGGCAUCUCCAUCCCGGACCACGGCUACUGCCAGCCCAUCUCCAUCCCCCUGUGCACGGACAUCGCCUACAACCAGACCAUCAUGCCCAACCUGCUGGGACACACCAACCAGGAGGACGCCGGGCUGGAGGUGCACCAGUUCUACCCGCUGGUGAAGGUGCAGUGCUCCCCGGAGCUGAAGUUCUUCCUGUGCUCCAUGUACGCGCCGGUGUGCACGGUGCUGGAGCAGGCGCUUCCCCCCUGCCGGUCCCUGUGCGAGCGGGCUAGGCAGGGCUGCGAGGCGCUGAUGAACAAGUUCGGCUUCCAGUGGCCCGAGAGUCUACGCUGCGAGAAGUUCCCGGUGAACGGUGCCGGGGAGCUGUGCGUGGGGCAAAACACCUCCGACCGGGGCACCCCGACUCCUGCCGUGCCCGAGCCCUGGACCAGCCACCCCAACGUCAGAGCCCCCUACCGGUUCAGCUGCCCCCGGGCGCUCAAGGUGCCAGCCUACGUUAACUACCACUUCCUGGGGGAGAAGGACUGCGGAGCGCCGUGUGAGUCUGGCCGGGCGCACGGGCUCAUGUACCACGCCCCCGAGGAACUGCGCUUCUCGCGCAUAUGGAUCGGGAUCUGGUCGGUGCUGUGCUGCGCCUCCACCCUCUUCACCGUGCUCACCUACCUGGUGGACAUGAAGCGCUUCAGCUACCCUGAGAGGCCCAUCAUCUUCCUCUCGGGGUGCUACACCAUGGUGGCCAUCGCCUACAUUGCUGGGUUUCUGCUGGAGGACAAGGUGGUCUGCAACGACAGCUUCUCAGAGGAUGGGUACAAAACUGUGGCUCAGGGCACCAAGAAAGAGGGCUGCACCUUCCUCUUCAUGAUGCUCUAUUUUUUCAGCAUGGCCAGCUCCAUCUGGUGGGUCAUACUCUCUCUCACUUGGUUCCUGGCAGCUGGUAUGAAGUGGGGGCAUGAAGCCAUAGAGGCCAACUCCCAGUACUUCCACUUGGCAGCCUGGGCAGUGCCAGCCAUCAAGACCAUCACCAUCCUGGCUGUGGGGCAAGUAGAUGGAGAUAUCCUCAGCGGGGUUUGCUUCGUUGGGAUCAAUAACGUGGACGCCCUGCGCGGAUUUGUGUUGGCCCCACUUUUUGUUUAUCUCUUCAUUGGCACCUCCUUCCUCCUGGCGGGCUUUGUGUCCCUCUUCAGAAUAAGGACCAUCAUGAAACAUGAUGGCACCAAGACGGAGAAACUGGAGAAGCUGAUGGUGCGGAUUGGGAUCUUCAGUGUCCUCUACACUGUACCUGCCACCAUUGUCAUCGCUUGUUAUUUUUAUGAACAAGCCUUUAGGGAACAAUGGGAGAAAAGUUGGGUGAGCCAAAGCUGCAAGACCUAUGCCAUCCCCUGCCCUGGUACCAACCACCCACCAAUGACUCCGGAUUUUACGGUCUUCAUGAUCAAAUAUCUCAUGACCUUAAUUGUAGGGAUAACCUCUGGCUUCUGGAUCUGGUCUGGAAAAACUCUCAAUUCCUGGAGAAAGUUUUACACAAGACUCACCAACAGUAAACAGGGGGAAACAACAGUGUGAGCCUCCAGCCACCCACUGACUGCUGACUUGUACACUGUGUAUUUUUAAUUUUGUAAAUAACAGCUGUAACAUUUUUGUAAGUAUAUUUUGUAUUUAAAUGACAACAGAUCAUACCUUUUUUAACAUAGGAUGCUCUAACUAUUUGUUGGUUCUAAGGCUGCUGGGUAUUAAUGGGAACUUUUUAUGGCUCGCUAUACCAUCUGCUUCAAGGGAAAAAUGCUUUAUUUUUGGGAAGGGGGGUCUUAAGAAAUAAGGACUUUGACAGCACUUGUAAGCAGCUUCUUACCUUUAGCUUAAUAAAAUACCUCUCUGCCUCAACUCGCAGCCCCCCACACCCUUCAAAAGAAGGAGACCUUUGGACCUCUCUACAGAUAUUUUAUGUUUUGCACUUGCCACAAACCAGGGCCACAAUCUAUUAACUCCCUCACCUAUUAUCCAUUAAAGCUGGUAGUUUAUUUGUUUAGCGUUGCCAUUAUCUUCUGGGGGUUUUUGUAUUUAAAGUAGUGCUUUUAAAAUACUCCUGGAUCAUAGGUUCUCAACUUACUACGGAAACUAUUGACUUACAGAGUUAGGAAAUAUUAAACAUUCAAAAAUAUAUAUAUGUAUUGUGUUAAUAAUUAUAUAUAUAAAAAAAGAUCCUGACAUAUUUAAUGGAAAUGUUAUUGAAUUAUAAGGCUUAGGUGAAUAUUUAUCAAAGCUUGGAGAGUGAUAAAAUUGUGGGAGAUAGUACCAACCAAUCAGCUCCUAAAUGUCAUUUUUCAAACACAGCAUGUAAAAUGUUAGACAUAAGCUGAUUUGUUGGUACUUUAUCACUCACUAUUUUAUCUAUCUUUGAGCUUUACGUAAUAUCUCCAUUAUGUUAUAGACUGUUGUGGCUUUUAAUUAGCUUUUACAUAUUCAGUUAAUUCAAAUUUGACAAUUGAAUAAAUACAUUAUAAAAAAAUAAAAGGUUGAGAACGUCUGCUCCUAUGGGGUACUUUACCAUAUAAGCACUUGUUUUGUCUGUUGCUCCAGCAAACUAGUAGUUCUCCAUUGAUUCAUUCCUGCCUGGCAGAAAGUUGAGUCUUUUGUUAAAUACAUCUCCUAGCCUAGACCCUUCAUUGUUAACCUUUACAACCCCUGACACAAAUGUGUUUGAAAUGUCCAUUUGACUGAGUACAGAUUGAUUUUACUAGAUAAUUAUAGGGUGGGAACAGUUAAUUGUGCAGGGGUUAAUUAAGAGUCUACUCAGCCAGAUAGCAAUGGACUUAAAUAAUGCAUAAUUUUGCUUCCUUCCUUUCUGCAUAGCGGUACGAUAUACUCAUGGCAACAGGGUGCGGGGGAAAUUUUACCAUGGAAUAAAUGCGAUUUUGCUUUGUUUGUGGUUAAAAGCAUGUAAUGGGUGUUUUCAAUGGGUCGGGUCUAUACAACACAACCAAAGGGCCAAAUAAUUAAAGACAGAUUUUUAUUUUUACUCAAUUUUAAAACCAUAAAUAAGCUAAACAAUUGGUAAAUGUAUGAUUUUUAUUAUUGCUAUUUUAUUAGAGAUUUGGAGGUGAAUAUACAUGUUUUUUAUUUUUUUUUAUUGCUAGUCGUUAUUAAAAGAAAAACCUGUUUGCUGUAGGGUGAAAUACAACUUUCACUUUUUCUUAUAAUUCCCUUUUUAUUGUGACAAAGAACAAAUGUCAUGCUGUAUUGGUCUCCAAAUUUCAAUAUAUAAUAAGUAUGUCUGAUUUUUUAUUUUCCUACAUGUAUAUUUUCAUGCCCUGAAAAAAAAGCAUUUUCUUUUUUUUUUUU